GCCAAACAGAACUCCUUGUUGUGCUCGGCCCAGCGGCGGAAUCUAGCAGUGCCAGAGCCUCUACUUCUUUCUAGGGGAUCUCGAGUUGGGAAGGUGGGGUUGGGAACUGUGGCCUGGCAGCUCUGGGCGCGGGCCCUUUAAGGAGGAGCGCGGGGCGCGGCCCAGGUAAGGGGCGGGUCCGGGCGGAGGAGCGCUGCGCGCCGGCGCUGGCCGGGAGCCGGAUUUGGAGCGCGGCGCGGGCGGGGGCCGGAGGUGGGGGCGCGGCCGACCUCGGUGGCCUGGGACGCUCCUCCUAGCUAGCGGCCGCCGCCCGCCUCCGCCUGCGCCUGCAGCUCCCUUGCCCCGGCUGGGACCGGCAGACACUUGUGGUGAUUCACCUGGGACGCGCUCACCUGUAACGCGGUCAUCUGUAACGCGGUACCUGCCUUCCGGCACCUGGGCGCCAGGAUGAAGGACCGGCUGGAGCAGCUGAAGGCCAAGCAGCUGACACAGGAUGACGAUGCCGAUGAGGUUGAGAUUGCUAUCGACAAUACAGCUUUCAUGGAUGAGUUCUUCUCUGAGAUUGAGGAAACUCGGCUCAACAUCGACAAGAUCUCAGAGCAUGUGGAGGAAGCUAAGAAACUCUACAGUAUCAUUCUCUCUGCGCCAAUUCCAGACCCAAAAACCAAGGAUGACCUCGAGCAGCUCACAACUGAGAUCAAAAAAAGGGCCAACAAUGUCCGGAACAAACUGAAGAGUAUGGAGAGGCAUAUUGAAGAAGAUGAGGUUCGGUCAUCAGCAGACCUUCGGAUUCGGAAAUCCCAGCACUCUGUCCUUUCCCGGAAGUUUGUGGAGGUGAUGACCAAAUACAACGAGGCUCAAGUGGACUUCCGUGAACGCAGCAAAGGGAGAAUCCAACGGCAGCUUGAAAUUACUGGCAAAAAGACAACAGAUGAGGAGCUGGAGGAGAUGCUAGAGAGUGGCAACCCUGCCAUCUUUACUUCUGGAAUCAUUGACUCACAGAUUUCUAAGCAAGCCCUCAGUGAGAUUGAGGGUCGGCACAAGGACAUUGUGAGGCUGGAGAGCAGCAUCAAGGAACUCCAUGAUAUGUUUAUGGACAUCGCCAUGCUGGUAGAGAAUCAGGGUGAGAUGUUAGAUAACAUAGAGUUGAAUGUCAUGCACACAGUGGACCAUGUGGAGAAGGCACGAGAUGAAACUAAAAGAGCUGUGAAAUAUCAGGGUCAGGCCCGGAAGAAAUUGAUAAUUAUCAUUGUGGUAGUAGUUGUGUUGAUGGGCAUUUUAGCAUUGAUUAUUGGACUUUCCGUUGGGCUGAAGUAAGAGUGGCCUAAAGGGCUGUUGCACUGAAAUAACCUGAUUUCACUCCAGCCUGCUGUGUCCACGCUUGUCUUCAGAUGGGAACAGAGUCUGAAUGGCCUUCCUGAGAGCGAGGGGGAUCCACCCGUUCCUUUGUUUCCUUGUGACCAUCUUUGGACCUGACUCAGCAAACAGUGUAACCCUGGCAGAAUUUAAUCUACCUGACGCAACCCUGAGUUCUCUUCAAAAUCACCUCCUGCCCCACCAACUGAAGUACCUUCCCUCCUGGUGUAUAUGAACCAACCCAGCUUUUUUCCUUCCUCUUGUGUCCUAUUAUGUCUUGUACCUUGGAAAGCUCAUGUGAGAUGGUCCAAGCUGCUGUAUUGUCUACCUCAUGGAGUAUUCUUCUCCCAGAAAUUACAAUGGAUUUUUUUUCUAGGAGAGUAUCUUUAAUGAAGCAGAAGGAUUCUUCUAAGUUUAGCCACAUUAGGCUUGGAUUAGAGUCUUCUCCCUGGCAGGAUGCCAGUCCUCAUGUUUGUUGUCCUAUGUCCUGAAAACAUGAGGGACCAGCAGAUGCCAUUUUGGUCUGAAAAGUUAACUUGUUUGAAAGUCAGACUUAAAUUAAACUUGGAGCCAAUAUGCUCUUUCUCUAUGUUGAAUUCUCUCAUGUUUACUCAAAGAGGAGUCAAGAUGACAGUCAUCUGACGUUACCAUUUGCAAAGGCUGUGGGUGUGGAACAUUUGUUUCCAUAUCUGAGUCUUGGAAGCUGGCUGUUCAUUGUUAGAGUUUCUUUUGAAGGCACUGCCUUGAAGCCAAAAAUAAUGAGGGAUUUCAAAUUGGGCUGGGAACAAGGUGCUAGUUUCAGGCUCUGGGAAUGUCUCAUGAGACUAUGUGAGUAUUCAGUCACUCAAGAAUUCCAGGUGUACUUUUAUAAUUAUGUGUGUGAGAUGUAUAUAUGUUACGUGUGUUUGUUUCUCAGGAAGUAGAAAGCUAAAAGGGGAGGAUACUAUGUGCUUAAAAAAAAAAGUAGCUCUGAGCUAGGCUAAAAAUUAGGUAAGAGACAUACCCUUCCUGCAAAUGACUCACUGCAGAAAUACUACCUUCCUAUGCCAUCAAGAAGUUUGUUUUCAGAAUGGGUACUGGGAGAAUCAAAUGAGAUCUCUGAAGUGAGGACUGAGAUGAUCCCCACUAACUCAGAUAGAUAGUGGAAUGUUUUGAUGCUUUCCCCAUCCGCUUCCUGCACGAGGCUUGUCUUGAGUACAUCCCGUAACAAUCAGACAUUAUUUACACGAACCAGGGAUGUCCUCUCUGGGGCUGAGUCAUUUGGGAGAGAUCAGACACAGAGUAGCUUUUACUGCUACUUGGUUAAUGAGCUUGACAGGUUGUCUCCCUCAAUCCUUAACAUGGAGGAAGCAACAGCGAGGAAAUCUCCAAGUGUGACUGUAACCCAAUGGUGAGCCCCUUAAAUCUCUACUGGUCUUUGGGUACUAGUUGUAUUUUAGCUUUAAUGUAAAUGCUUCCUAGGGUAGAGUGAGCACCUUACUCAAGGCACUGCCCAUCAGUUUCCUUUGCAUAGGCUCCUUAUCUAGUCAUCCCCAGCACUCAGACAGAGCCAUAGGGAUACCCUCCUCCCUGUGGCUAUGAUGUCAGACAGGGAACAGGCUCCAGCAACAGGGGUACAAACUCUUAAUCACGUCUUUGCUCUCCUCCGAGAUACAGGCCUUCAGAUGUUUAGAAUACAACAUGUGAAGGGUUUUUUGUUUGUAUUUUUUUAAAUGUAAACUUGAUUAUUUUAUUGCUAACUUAAAAAUAAAUGGCUUCAUAUUGAUUGUGAAACAAUUCUGGCUGUAUCUCCCUGCAAAACAUAUGGUGAUUUAGUGCCACCAUGUGGUGGUUUUUGUUCAGGUUUUGGAAUGUAGUUAAAAUCUUUUUAAACCACAUGGUUCAAAAGUUCAAAAAUGAAAAUGGUUUAACUCCCAAGGAAUGCAGUGUAACUGUAUUUAAGUUUCAGAAAGUUGAGGAGCUGUGCCGAAAGAAUUUGGUUUACUUAUAGAGAGCCCUUCCUCAAGGAGGUGGUGGGGAGAUAUGUUGGGAUGGUAUCCAGAAGGCACGGAAGAUAAUAUAUUCAACAUCCACUGACAUCCCUGUUGGUCUAAUUUUGACUUUGUCAUCUGGAAACAUUCCUAUGAACAUUCUGGGUUCCAGAAGCCAGAUCCAUCCCUUUUUCCUUCUGGUGUUCCCUUUCCCCUUAUACCUUCCUCCAUGUCCAGAUCCAACUGUCUCCUUUUGGCCAGGAAUGUCUACCUACACAGUAAUGUCAUUUCUCAUGUGCUUUUUCUUUCCUUGUCUGGAUGAGCAGAAGAAGAUCAUGAUCAUGAUCUGCUGUGUUAUCCUUGCAAUCAUCUUGGCUUCUACCAUUGGGGGCAUAUUUGCUUGAAAAAGAUGGAUCCUCGACUGGCAUUUCUAACCCUUCCUCCACCUCUGUGGUGCCAUCACUUCACCACUGCAGACGCAUCAGCUACACCUCUUUUCAUUAGGAAACUUAUGACAGGGCACCAACCAACUGCUUAUUAAAAUUUAUGUGAAGGAAGAACAAAUUUAUGAAAAUAUAGAAUUGGGCAGGGGUUGUGAAGGAACGGGGAGUACAGCAACAUACAGCUGGUUCAACUGCAUCUAACUGAUGACACUCAGAGCCUAACUGCCAGCAUGUGAUGAAGAGACAGUUGUAGUACAUCCAGUUCAACAGGGUCUAAUCCGAGCUAUUGUUCAGUUGAUUGAGGUCAGGGCACUUGUUACUUCUGCUCUUAAGGCUAUUGUAGGUCUCACCUUUGACAAACUAUACAUCUGCUUCCUUCUUCAGGGUCCAACAGUAGUCUUCAAAGUGAGGACUGUUGGAGAAUAGGCAUGAUGAAUAUCCCUGCUCACUGCUGUGUUCCUACUGCUUAGCACAAUGCUUGUCACUCACAGGUGCUGAAACAUCUGAUGAUUUAAAAUUAUCUAUAAUCAAGCUCUGAUUUAAUUCAUGGAUGAGUUCUUAAGUUUCUACUUUUAAACUCUAAGGCAUCAGUGAGAACAUGGUUUGUUAUUAUCAGACGCUGUGUAAAGCUGCCUGGGAAUAGGCUGAUCCACUUAUGCAAAAAUGCUAUAAUAGUCCUUAUCAGCACAGAAUAUACUUUAAAAAGCUUUUUUUUAAUAGGUGGUGAUGGUAGAGGUCUAGGAAUAGCCUCUCAUUUGGCAGAGAAGAUGGAUGGUCACAGGAUGUGGUUCAUUAACUAAACAUAAACCUCCAACAAAAGAAACAGGCUAUGCUAUGCCUGAAUUCACAACAAUUAACGAAGCCACACUGUGAGAUACAGAGCAAAGAAAGGCUCAAGGUGUUAGGUAAAAAGGUAUAGCAAAGCUGUCACUUCAACUCUCACCUGACCCAUGUUGUUAGUUAAAACUGUUGGCUAGUGAUAUAUGUGCAAGAAACUAUUUCAAACAUAACCCCCAGUUCAAGGUUCAGUUGUGUUUAAAACUUUAAAACUAUCAAUUCUAAUACAAAUAACUUAUUUAGAAAUCAUUAUAUUGUAAGAGAUUCACUAAAAAAUAUAUUUAAGAAGUCAGUAUACAACUCUUGAGGACCAUCAAAUUGUUUAGACAAAUUCAUAGUAUUGGAAGUAAAUUAAAUUCUUUUGUCACUGGAGAUCUUUUUAAAACAGUAUUUUUAAUUUGGCAGUACUAGGGUGUGAACUCAGGCCUUGUCUUUGCUGGGUAGGCAUUCUACCACUUGCACUGCAACAGUCCUCUCCUUUUUUGGUUAUUUUUCGGGUAGGGGCUUACAUUUUUGUCCUAGCCAGCCUCAAGACCACAAUCCCACCUAUGGCCUCCCCUUUAGCUGGGGUCACAGGUAUAUGCCAUCGUGCCCAGGUUAUUGAUUGAGAUGGGAUCUAACUUUUUGCCUGAACUGGCCUUUAACCUGAAUCCUCCCAA